GGGGGCUAUCUCUGAAGUGCCACACUCAAAACGUACUAUAUGGUCUAUUGCAGUGAACUUGAUAUCGUUCAAACAAUGGAAUACUCACGUAAAAAUCCUGGCAACAGUCAUUAACCAAUGUCCUGUAAUGCAACCGUAAAGAUGUACUUAGGUUAAAUCAAGCAUCGCAAUUAAAUAAUUGUACUAUUCUCUUUGGCCUGGUAAUUGUAGACAGCGUGUGGAUGGAACAGCAAUUCAUUAUUCGUGUGGCUGUGAUUGGUGAAUCGAAAUGAGGACGUGGGGGAUUAGGGAAGAGCACCUCCCGGCAGCAUCGCCACUUGCCAGCCUUCCUCCCCAGCUUGCAACAUCCGCGUGCGCGCGCCCCCCGCUCCGUAGGACAGCGCUGCCUUUUGAAACGGCGCCGGAAAACGGGGACCCUUCGCAGCGCGCCCCCACCGAGACCCUAAAAAUACCACGGUCUGCGCUAUGAAAUAUUGAGCAGGGGGAGAGGAGUUUAAAAAACCGCCACUUUAAUUGAAUGCCUGCGCAGCGAGAGAGGCAUCCUCUUUUUUACCGGCGGCUGUAGGUGAAUUCCAUGAUCCUUGGGGAGGAGGAAUUCAGAUGAAGAGGUUGGGGACGAUGCGUUCCUCCGUCGCGCUGCCGCCGUGGGAGAGUCCCGUUGAGCGACAGUCGGAGUCCUGCGGCGAGUGUCAGAGCGCGGGGCCGCAAGGGAGGCGCUGGGGAGCGGCGGAAGGGCGGGCGGCGUCGAAGCCGAAUCACCGGAGCGAGGCCGCAGCCCCGCGGCGUCUGCAGAGGCAGUCGUGCCUGGACGAGGAGCAGCAUGGCGGCGCGGUGCAACGUCCGGUUGGGAAGAUGUGUCGAGCGAGAUGGCAAGGACCUGGCACGGACAGACUGCCUUGCGACGAGCCGGCUCCCCCGCGUGAACGUUGGCAUCUGCCAGCGCCGAUGGGCCCUCCCGGAGAACUCGGAGGGAGCGCCCGGGACGCGAGCGAGCGGCGGUGUUGCUUUCGCGCAACUGAACAGCGUUCGGUGGACGCCGGCAUUUCGGCUUUGCCACGGCAAGAUUUAGACAUUGCAAAAGGCGCGGCGUCGCCAAUGGAGAGGCACCAUCUCCUCUGUGGCGACAGAAGUCAUCUCUGCGCACCAGAAGGGAACGUAUCCACAGACGCUUCGUAUUUGGCAAUGUCCAUUCUAGAUGUGAACGCAUGCCAAGAUAGUGGAAGAAUGAUUUUAUCAAAGACAUCCCCAUCAUCAUCACCUGAUUGCAAAAUGGUUACUGAUCAGUGCAGUGGCAGUCUACCAGUGUGCACAGCACAGUUGCCACUGACAAACCCAGCAGGUGGCAAUCAAGGGACUCUACCUUCACUACCUGGCCGUCAUCCCAGUGUCCUGAACGCGGAGGCCGCGAUCCGUCCAUCCGCCACCAACACGGGCGAGGCCACGUCGAGCGGCGCGCAACGCCGCCUUGCCGGCUCGGCCCAAGCUCCGCAGCUGGCCUCGGAGGCCCGGCCGCGGCCUGCGGCGGCGUUUGCAACAGCCGACACAGAGGCCAACGGGGACCGGGGAGUCGCGUGCGCCGGGCCUCGAGCGCCGCACGCCGCGUGGCUCAGAAUGCGCGGCCCUUUCCUGCGGUCGGCGUCCGCUCCGGUGCCCGGGGAGAGCUCUCGCACGGCUCGCCGACUGCGCAGCGUCACCGCGGCCAUGGUGAAGCCGCUCUGCUGGGUGUCGCGCAGAGCCAUCGCUCUGGCUACCGGCACCACCGCCACGGCCUCCAGCAGCAGCAGCGGCCUCCAGGAUGUCAAGGGCCCUCCCACGCACCACAUGUCCUGCGGCCAGUCGCCGUACACGGAGCGAGGCGACUGGAGCCAGCGCUUCUGCAUCCUCUCCGACAGCGAGAUGCUUCUGCUGGAGCGGGAGGAGAUCCGCCCGGAGCUGCUGCAUGAGCUGCGCUCCGAGUCGUGCAAGGGGCGCAUCCUGCGUCGCGCCAUCAGCGUGCCCGCCGACAGCCCCAUCAUCGUGCGUCCCGCCGACGUCGACGCGGAUUCUCCCGAGCCGCGCACGGGCCGACGACUCGUGGUGCCAGGCGGCGCCAUGACGGAGAACGGGAACCCUGACGACACGCCCACCUCCUCCAAGGGGCUGCUGCGUCUAAGGACAUCGCUGAAGCGCAGGAAAAGCAAGCUGGAGCGCAACGCGAGCUUCCGGCUGCCCAUGCUGCGCGCGACGGACGGCGAAAGUAACCGGUCCAACGCGGCGCCACCGCGACUGAAGUCGUCGCGCUCCCACGAGUCGCUGCUGAGCCCCAGCAACGCGGUGGAGGCACUGGACCUGAGCCUCGAGGACGAGGUCACCAUCCGGCCCGUGCACAGCAGCAUCCUGGGCCAGGACUUCUGUUUUGAGGUGAUCACGUCGAGCGGCAGCAAGUGCUUCUCUUGUCGCUCGGCCGCCGAGCAAGACAAAUGGAUGGAGAACCUGCGGAGGAUCGUGCAGCCCAACAAGGACAACAUCCAGAGAGUGGAGAAUGACCUGAAGGUGUGGAUCAUUGAGGCUAAGGAGCUCCCGGCCAAGAAGAAGUACUUCUGCGAGAUCUGCCUGGACGACACGCUCUACGCUCGAACCGCCAGCAAGGCCAAGGUGGACAACCUCUUCUGGGGAGAACAUUUCGAGUUCAGUAACCUGCCGGCGGUCAAGCACAUCAUGGUACACCUGUACAAGGACACGGACAAAAAGAAGAAGAAAGAGAAGAGCAGCUACGUGGGGCUCGUCAACAUCUCGGUGGAGGGCGGCACGAGCGGGCGGCAGUUCGUGGAGAAGUGGUACCCCCUGAGCACGCCCAACCCGGGCAAGGGCAAGGGCGCGGUGCCCACGGUGCGCAUCAAGUGGCGGCACCAGCAGCUCAGCAUCCUGCCCAUGGAGCGCUACAAGGAGUUUGCCGAGUUCCUGAGCGCGAGCUGCCUGCCGCUCUGCCUGCUGCUCGAGCCGGUGCUCGGCGUCAAGAGCAAGGAGGAGCUGGCGCGGGCGCUCGUGCGCUUCCUGCACACCACUGGCAGGGUCAAGGAGUUUCUGGCGGAGCUGGUGAUCGCGGAGGUGACGCGGUGCAGUGAGAACGAGCAUCUGCUCUUCCGGGAGAACACACUCGCCACCAAGGCCAUCGAGGAGUACCUCAAGAUGGUGGGCCAGUGGUACCUGCACGACGCCCUCGGCGAGUUCGUGCGAGCGCUCUACGACUCUGACGAGAACUGCGAGGUGGAGCUGAGCAAGUGCUCGUCCGCAGAGCUGGCUGACCACCGCAACAACCUGCGCAUGUGCUGCGAGCUGGCCUUCUGCAAGAUCCUCUCCUCCUGCUGCGUGUUCCCCGCCGAGCUGCGGGACGUCUUCUCGUCGUGGAGGAGGCUGUGCGAGGCGCGGGGCCGAGCGGAGAUCAGCGAGCGGCUCAUCAGCGCGUCGCUCUUCCUGCGCUUCCUGUGCCCGGCCAUCAUGUCCCCCAGCCUCUUCGGCCUGAGCCAGGAGUACCCUGACGAGCGCACGGCGCGCACCCUCACGCUCAUCGCCAAGGUCGUCCAGAACCUCGCCAACUUCACCAAGUUCGGAAACAAGGAGGACUACAUGACGUUCAUGAACGGCUUCCUGGAGCAAGAGUGGGGCCGCAUGAAGCAGUUCCUGGGAGAGAUCUCCAGCGAGGAGUCCAGCCCGAGCGCAGCGACCUUUGAGGGAUUCAUUGAUCUGGGCCGGGAGCUCUCCACCCUGCACUCUCUGCUCUCCGAGAUCCUCCUGCCAGAGAAGGGAGAGAACCCGGCGGCGCAUGCUGCCAAGGCCCAGCUGGAGCCGCUGCCGCGCAUCCUGCGCGAGAUCAACGAGGCCUUGAUGAACAGGCCUCAGCCCUUGCAGCAAGUGAACCGGCGGAGCGCAGCGCGGCGCAGCAACGGCAUUCAGCAGCGCUCCUCCGACAAGCUCGGCCUGCCCGUUGCCGAUGCAGUGACGAGGCUGCCCACACCCACCCACUCAAACGAGGAGAUGUACUUCCUCACCAAAGCGGGGGGGGCGGCGGCGCAGGGCGGCCCCGCUCGCAGCCUCAGCUACACGGAGAGGGACGCGGAGGAGCACGAGCCCUCCCCGUGGAGGGGACGCAACAGCGGCUCCAUGCUCGAGCUGCCCACGGUGCAGAGCUGCGGCAGCCACACCAACCUGCUGGAGCAGUCGUCGGGAAGCCAGUACUCCAUAGGGCACCUCUCCAACGCCAAGCGGCCUCGCAUCGCGCAGAGCGGCAGCCAGACAAGCACGCAGGAGCACCCCCGCUAUCCCGCCUCGGGCCAGAGCAGCCCGCAGCCCGCGCACGCCGGCUUCGGCGCGACCGCGAAGCAGGAGCAGCAGAGAUUCCCCAAGCAGGCGGCGACCGUCGGCGUCCCGUCGCAGCAGAACUUCCUGUCCCCGGGAGGCCCCACCGGCGUCCUGCCCCAGCGACCGAUGCUGAUCAGCGGCAGCCGAUCCCUCGACCUGCCCCCGAGCCGAUUGCAGCCGCUGUCCUUCCACAACCCCAUGUACCAGUUCGGCAGCGACAGCCCGCCGCCACAGCGAAAGCGGGACUCGGGCUCGGAGUACCUGAGCUCGCUGAGCUCCCGCAGCCCCAGCGGCGAGCACGUGUGCAAGCACAGCCUGCACAGCCACAGCAGCAGCGACGAGCUGAGCAAGCAGCACGGGGCGGCGCUCACCGUCUUCAAUGCGCACCGCCAAAACAGCGGCGCCGGUGGCGGUGGUGGCAGCGGGCACCUGUGGGUGGAGCAGCAGGGAGAGAGGGCGUCCUCUAGGCAGAACACGCUGGCUGUGCAGCCUGGCUUUGGCGUGCCCAGACAGAACAGCGCCGAGCUGCAGCCGGAGUACGGCUUGCCGAGACAGGGCAGCACUUCGAUGCAGCCAGAUUACGUCUCUUCCAGGCAAAACAGUGUCGGGCUGCAUGCCGAAUAUGGGUUGCCGCGACAGAGCAGCUUACAGCCAGAUUACGGCGUGCCAAGGCAGAACAGUGCAGGAUUGCUGCAGGAAUAUGGUGUGCCCAGACAGAACAGCGCCGCACUGCAGACGGACUAUCCCAUGUCGCGGCAAGAAAGUAUGGGGUUACAUCCAGAUUAUAUACCGCCGAGGCAUAACAGCGUGGGAUUCCACGGUGAUUUUAGUUCCGCGAGGCAGAACAGUGCUUGCUUGCAGCCCGAUUUUGCUGGGUCGCGACAGAAUAGCGUGGGGCUGCACCCCGAUUUCGCAUCGUCGAGGCAGAACAGCGUCGGAAUGCAUUCCGACUUUGUUUUGCCCAGGCAGAGCAGUUUGGGCAUGCAGGGUGACCUGGCGGUGCCCAGACAGAACAGCGUGGGGCACACCGCUUGGAUGGACCAAGGGGGCAUGCUGACCCCGAGGCAAAACAGCACGUCCAAGCCGACGGACCAGGGGGGGCGGCUCACGCCGAGGCAAAACAGCGGAGCGCAGCAAACGGAGCUGGGAGGCCCGACGAGGCAAAACAGCGUGGGCAUGCAGCAGGAUGCGGGCAUGCCCAAGCAGCAAGGUGGGGGGGGGCACCUGUGGUGGGACCAGGCGGGCAACGGGGCGCGCAGAAAGACCAUGCAGCUCAACCUGUCGAUGGGAGGGCAGCAGUCGGGCGCCGGCAACAACAACAACAACCCCGGUUUGAUGCCGGGCGCGGACGCGAUGCCGGUGGGUGGCGGUGGGCCCUCUCGCCAGCACUCGGCGGCGUCCCAGAGGGAGCGAGACACGGAGGCGCAGGCAGCCAUGCGUGCGCAGCAGUCACUCGACGGAGCCCUGUCCCCCGACGAACGCACGGCCGCUUGGCUCAUCAACAUGCUCAACCUGGAGGACGAUGCCGACAAGCUGGAGCAGCUGCGCGAGAGCCGGGAAUCCAGCGAGAAGUACGAACAGGAGAUAGGGCGCCUGACCGACCGGCUGGUGAGCGCAAGCCGGCGUCUCGAGGAGUACGAGCGGCGCCUGCGGCGGCAGGAGGACCAGAUGCGGCGCAUGCAGCAGGAGUACCAGAGUCGUCUGGAGGAGAGCGAGGAGCGGCUGCGGCGCCAGCAGGACGAGAAGGACUCGCAGAUGAGGGCCAUCAUCGGCAGGCUGAUGGUGGUAGAAGACCGGCUGAAGCGAGACUGUGCCGAUGUGCAAGCAGACUUGGAAAACAAGCAGCGGUGUAUGGAGGACAAGCAAAUCAUGUCGAUAAACAUGGCCAACCGGCGGCUGGUGGACGCCGUGACCCAGCUGAAGGAGCGCUGCCACAUGCAGAGCCGUAACGGCCUGUCCCCCGCCGCAGCCAACCCGCCGCGCCUCUCCAUCACGGAGACGGGAGAGUUCCGCAACAGCAGCUGCUAGCGCAACCCUCGGCACGCGCACCACGGGACACAAGAGUCAAAGAAAACCUUGCGCUCGGCAAAGAUUGGAAAAGUUUGUGUGUUUUUUCAGUGUUCUAUUUCUUGUUGUUGAUGUUUUCUUCUUCUUCCUAAAAUUAUAAACAUUCCAAUUGGACUUCCUCCGUUUUGAAAAUGCAUCCAUUAUCAUUGCAAAGUUAACAGCACGAGAGAGAGGAGGUAGAGGGAGCAGAGGAAUGAGUGGGCUGGAACCAUCUCAUGGGGACACUCGGGCUACGGAAAGUCGACUGACUGGCGACACCUCGCACCUCCACUCCAGAAGAAGGAGGAAGCCUCCGACGCUGCCCAUGGUGCAAAACGAGGUGACGGGCUCAGACACAGAGCACCGACGAGGGUUCACGCGCCAACAACUCAGGAACACAAGUAUGAGGGAUCAGCAAUAACCAGUGCUGGCUUCGAAUAUUUGAAUUCCUAAAUGCAAAUAUAACCAAGCAUCUCAAUUUGUGUAAAUGUUGCAAAGUUCAGAAAGUCAAAUGCCGAAUACUGUACGUGAAUUCGAUUUUUUUUUGGAAUAUUCAUCCGUAGAUUUCAAACGUGUUAAGACCGGUAGGAUGCAUGUGAUUCUAAGCUCCUAAGUUACGGAAAAUAUGUGACGGCGUUAAAUACAAACAUUCAAAUGUUAAUGUGACGGGAAUCUGGUGUGGCUUCAUUGACAGCUAUUUGUACGUGUGCUACGCUGGUGGUGGCGUACGCGUGCGCUUAGGGUGUUAUGUGAAACGUGAACCAAGGUCUCUCCAGAACGUGCGUGCACUGAAGCUCACCGCCAGCUACCAACAUUGUCGUGUUGUGUUUAAACGUUAUACAAGCAAUUUUAUAAUUUCACGUGUUGCGUCAGUGUAGCUCGUCAAAUAGCCACAGUAAAAAAGAAUGAUUACGGAAUGAGAUGAAACUUAAACUUACAUGACAACUAUUAUGUAACUACUAAAUAGUAAUAACGUAUUAUAUUUCUGACAGUGAACACAAAUUAUCGUACUGGAAUCAAGUGCAGUGUUCGAUAAGUUAAACAGACCAGUUGUUAACUAACACAUGCCGAGAGUUGCUAUUAAAAUGUUGGGAGAGGGACAUUCCUGUCUGGCACAGCAAUCUGUGUCGGCAGAGCCAAUGUUCAAAUACAAGGUUCAUCACUUGCCAGAAUUUGCCAUCCACGGGCAUAUGGGUGACACUACUAAACUUUUGGUUUGUGUGCCUGCUUUAUUAGGGUAUUUAAUACACAGGGUGAUAUCUAGCACGACUUAGCACAGCUAGUAAUAGGCAUAAGCACAAAUGCUUUGGACACACGUGUGUGAGAUCGGGAUGCCCUCGUUGCUUCUAGAAAUACAGACCAAACAGAUUAGGCUAUUGCCUUCCGGCGCCAGGGGACCGGCUCCAGACGUGACUGCGGCAUUGAUGUCAUGGAAAUUCCUCCACAAAAAACCUGAAUGAUUGAACAAAUAAAUUGGUAGAUUAAACAAGACUGGGCUGUGUGUCCCUGUAGGUCUUAGAGCUUCGAUUGACAAUGACAUGAGACAAUAAAAGGGUUUUUUUUAUUCCACGUAGAAACAAGAGUCAGCAUUCAAGGCCAGCACAGACAAUGUCAUAAAUCAGUGCGAGCUCCAUUCAAUUCUGAAAUGUAUGUUGAUGUAACAACACUGUUUCAUGUAAAUUGUCUAUUUUACCUUCUUUAUCUUCUAAUCAAAUUAAGCCUACCAUCUUUAAGAACACAAAGUAGACUUUAUUCAGACAUAGCUAUGAACAAUUUGCACUCAAUUUUAUUUCGUGUCCCUAUUGAUUUGUGUCUGUUCUAUGGUCGAGGCCUAAGCACAGGUGGUCAUCUUUGGCCUUGGUCAUGGAGCUCUGCUUCGUGUUGAUUUCAUCAGCAACAAAGGCACAGGGACGGUGAUGAACCGCACACCGCUAGCGUUUGUUGUCCUUCCCCCAUACCUCCGAUUAGCACGGUUGGCUACGCAUUGUGCGAAACAAGUUCAGCACACAUACGGUGCGCGUUGCUUCCUGCCCAUUGCUGCGAUAGGUAUGCAUUUGAGACUAUGCCAAAAUUAUUUUGCUGCAAAUUGAGUUUUAAGUUUACAUUCUAAUGGUGUUUCCCUUUGGGGUCGAGAUUGUUCACCAGACGUUGUGCCACCCAUCACUCGAUCUAAAGUCAAGUUGCAAUCAGUAAGAACUUAGCCACAUGAGACCACAACUUCCCUCACGUCGCUCAUCCCACUACUCAACUCUCCUGUCUCUACAUUUGGCAUUGCCCUGAGUCAUGUGCGCUGGGUCAACAACGCAAAAGAGGUCACUGCAGCUAGGGCCGAUGAAGUUACCGUACUUCGCCGUUGCUCGUGCAACAUAGGCCCCGCGGCCUCAUUCAUAAUUAAUCAAAUGCUCGUGUGCAGUCCCAAAAUGUUGCAUUUACCCAUGCAGAAAAAACAAUAAACAUAGCCUUUUUGGCUGUCAUCUCUUUUUUUCAUUAAAUAGCCCAAAUCGACAAUCAUCUCAGGAAAACAUAUAUACAUGUGACUUGCUGCAUUAUACAUUUCUUAUUUUAUAUGUUGCUUCAAUGCAAAGUGACAUUAUUUCAAAAUUACCAUCAUGCAUGCAUUGUUCCUUUUUAUUAACACCCGUGUGCUUCAAUAUAUCACAAUGGAGCCACCUACUGGCAAUUUAUUGCAUUGCGUCCACGGAUAUCGUGGUAGCAAUGCACUAAAAAUAAUGGCAUGAGUGCGCAUGCCUCGUGGUGUACGGGCGAUGUGCACAGGGCGAUGUCUGCAUCGCAUAUUUACCGUAUCGGUGCGGCAAGUCCCAGCCACCUUCUGUCAACGCUGCCUCGUGCCGCAAAUUCUAUCCUCCACGGGUCUGGUUUUCUGGGGCCCUUUGUAAUGCCAUUUAAAAAAACGACGCCAACCUCCUGUUGAGUCCAUCGGUGUUUUUCAGGACAAAAUCUAUAUUGCAUUGAAUAUCUGUACAGCGUGUAUUUUAAGCUGUCAAGUGAACAACACCAUACGAAAGAAAAAUUUGUACAGCCAUUGAUCCGUUGUGUUUCUUCCAAAGCAUUACUUUUUACAGGGUUUUUGUUUGAAUCGUAAAGUGCACGUAAGAUGUUGUAUCAUAGAGUUGGUUGGGCCCGAGUGGUGGAGUAGAGCUUAUGGUAGUCAUGCUUGCAAUAUCGUUGUUUUACUUUUACCUUAAACUGUUUUCACGGUUUGUCCGUGUAGUGGCCUCCUGUGUUGAUUCGAUGCCCGAGGCUACCACGUGCUCCAGAAAGUCAGCUCUGACUUCGUCUUUGUUCACACUGUGCCUUAUUCAGCAUUGCUAAAUCAUUUCUUAUGUAUACUCACAUGGCCUACGCAUAUAUUUUUUAAACUUUGAUUUACUGAAUAAUUUACAGAACGGACAAGUGUAUGUUCCAUGCAAUGGAAAUGCAGUCAAUCUCUUGACCAUGACUGUCGUAUUUAUGUGAAUUGUAUCGUAUGUAAUAUAAAUUUCAAGCAUCGUCUUCUAGAUAUAAAGACACUUAUAGACUUAAUGAAACGAUGGACAUUCCUGCUUUCCCACCGGUUUCAUCUAAUCUAUAAAGAUGCAUGAUCUAUGAUUGGAAACAUCAAGUACAUUUGACCAGCCGCUGGUUAAUAAUUGGUCAUAUUUGUUGGCAAUGAAAUGCAACGGAGUAAAUAAUGUACAGUUCAUUUAAAGUAUGCCAAUAACCAAAAUUAGAUGUGAAAUGCUAAUGGAUAUUAUAGCAGUUCACUGAAGCAACAACUUUUACACGUUGCAUCAACAUUUCCUUUUAAUCAGAAAUAGCACAGAUAUACAACAAGUAUUUAAGGAGUGUGUAGUAUUCUCUAGAUGGAAAGUUUUCAUGAAUUGGUAAUAUGAACCAUUGACGCUGAAAUAUUUGUUGAUAAACCCCUUUAGCUGAGCGAUGAUGGACACAGGAAUAUGAUUUGUGGUUUAUGAACAAAUCAACAGGGGGCAGCUCAACUUGGGUCAUUCUAUACGGAAUAUUGGAGAGAGAAAGAAUGGUUAGUGCUUAUUAGAGUUAUGGUAAACAAUACAUUAUUUGAACAAGCCCUCACCUUACGCACUGGAUAGGCCUUCAAACGUAAAGUUGAUGCAUGCGGAGUGCAAGGCCAGAUGUCUUGGUCCUGUGAAGGACCGUGUCAUUAACACGUUUGGCCCUUCGUGAUUAUCAGAGCAGCAAGAGGCCAUUUCGGCCGUCUUGCCGCAGGGAGGACCACGUGUGGGGUUGUCAUCGUCUCCCCAGGGUAAACAUUAGGAAAUGAGCAAUACACAGUAAACACAGGACUUGAAUACCUACAUAAUCUAAAACAAACUAAAAUAGAGAAUACAUAAGUUACGGAAUAUCAUCCAAGAAGUAGUGUUUACACAAUUCUUUGCGAAGAACGAUGGGACGUCGGCGAAUAACAGAAACAAGGUUUCGCAUUCUCUCUGCAUAAUUGUAAAUCUUUAUCAAAUAAUUCUCAAAGCUGCAUGCAUUAUCACAGCUUGCUCCGUGUUGAGUGAACAGGAAGUGACGCGAAUCAUAACCCUCAUCCUUCAAUCCGCAUUUUAUCAGAGAAGGGAUCGUUAAAGGGGAUAACUGACGGGUGGAAGGAUGUCGCUUUUCCUUCAGAUAAGAGGCUUGCAGAUUACACUGCAUUAUGUUCAGCAAGAUUACUCAAACGAUGGCGGUUUUCUUGUACGUGCAACCGGUCUGAUGUAAAAUGGCAUUGGUGUGGGAGGGACAGCGAUUGCCUUCAAUCGCAAAUCUCAAAAAUAAGCUUAAUUGCUCUGUGUGCCUGUGUAUACCGGGGUAGGUCAGUGUAACACUCCUUUAGAAGAUAAUGCUCGUCGGACGUGUACUCCAACAACGUCCUGCUAAAGGUUGUGCAACGCGAAUGCAUGGUUAUUAAGAGUGUCAUGUCUCGUAAAAGGAAGCAACACUGCAGGGAAAAGUCGGUGGGAGUAAAGUACAAUGACAACAUUGACGUGAAAUAAAUCACGCACAGCACUGCGACAUUUAUAACCCGUGAAUGCAUUUAGCAGCCAAACUUAGUGACCCGCAGCACACUGCCCGCUGUGGCCGUAACAAAAUGCUUCUUCAGUUAUGCAUCCGUGCAAAUCGUGGAAGUUGUUUACCUUUCUUCCAUCGCUUCCACGUCGUAUUUGCCUGCUCGACAAUACGUGUUAAGGAAGAAGGAUGUUGCCUCAGAACUGAGAGUACGCGUGAACGUAGGCCUUCAAGUUAUCACUGUUUGGAAACUACUGCUAGGAAUUGCAAAAAAAUAAUGACUAAUAUUUAGACCGUCAGCAUUUAAAGUUAUCCGGUGUCAUUUCUUGAAAUUGUUCUAUUACACUGUAAAGAUUUGUUUUUUUAAUAUAUAUUUAUGAACAAUUUGCCAGUGAAUCCAUUCAACUUAAAAAAAAAACUUUCCAUUUCUUGAACCAUUAAAAUACCGCACCAGAAUAAACUUACAAAAUUUGGCAAAUAUCAACUUUCCUUUUAAUUAUCUGAAUAUAUGCAGAUCAUUAAAGCUGAUGAUGAGCAGUUUUUAUGAAACAUAAGAUUUUCUUUAUACGCAUUUAAAAUGUACAUUUAUUUUUCAAAAUCUUCUAGUGCUUUGACGAAAGAGGUCCUCCUGUACUUUAAGCAAUGCUUCAGUAGCAUCGUCAUCACUGGGCCUGAAUGCCCAGCUGAGGUUGAUUUGGCUGGCAACACUCCAUAGAGCCCUGCACCCAUGAAGUGACGUUAGCCCACCCGUGCCAUCUGCUUGCAGUCACUAAAAGCAUCUCCCGACGAUGCUUGCGAAAGAGAAACCUUCGCUUUAGAGUUUGGACAGUUAAUUGUCAACACUGGAGAUAAAUUCCCGCAGCUGCUUAAUAUUGGUGGUGGAAAAUAGUGUUCGGUUUCAUCACACGCAUUGUCUGCCAAAUGAGAUUCAAGUAGCUAAACCAUUGUAACUUGAUCGAUUGUACUUGAGUGCGGAACAGGCAAAACAAAACUGGGCUCGUCUCAAUGUGCCAUUCCAGGCACAGCCACUCGCCAUCCUCGGCGCCCCCAACCCACGUGUCACACUGGGCGUCGUCACACAUGAACCAGGGUUGUUUAUUGGUGUUUCUUGGUAGGCUGGACUGGAAGAUAAGCACUUAUAACUUUCAGAAACAGCUGCACCGUUGUGUAACACGUAGUGGUGUCCUUUUUUGCAAAUGGAUCAUUUAUCCCUUUUAUAUAAUAGUGUUGGCAAAAUGUAUGAUUUUUUUAAUAAACAGUAGUGUGUUUUUUUCAGAACAGCAUAUUUAUUAAUGGUAUCAAUAUAUUGGAACUGAAAGAUGCAUAGCAGUGUUUUUUUUCGUUUUCUGAGAGCUUACACAAGUUAGAUUUAUGAACACCUAUAUACCAAUCUGAUACAUUUAAUGAGGUUUAUUGGAAUUUAUAGCACAGUAUGAUGGUAAAUUAUAAGACGUUUUUUAUUAGAAGUUGUUUGAACUGGAGAUAAAUGUGCAGAGUCCUAGUACUUUUGUAAUCUGACGGAUUAAGUCCGCUAGUUUAAUCUUUGCGGUUUUUACAUUUGUUAUUGGCUUUAAACAGAAUGUUAUGUACACUUAGAGAAGCUUUCAACGAGUUAAAGGGCGAGCAGCAAACGUUCACCAUGGCCUCAUUUGAACUCUCUCCGGAUAAAUAAACGUGGUAGUUGAUACUUAAUAUCCGAAUGUCAUUCCCAUGUGCAAGUCUAUAUUGAAAGCAACAGUGGUGGAUUAACCGUGUGCAGAGUAAAAAAAAGAUAUAAUCUGGGAAUGUAUAUAUUACAUUUCUGCAAAAAAAAACACCUUUAUCAUCAAAGGGUGCUCUUUCAAAUGGCAAAUACAAUUAUAAAAUUAAUUUGGCAUAAGUCAUAAAUCACUCUUCUUCGGCUUCAAGGAGAGAGCCAAUGGUCUAAAGGUGUAAUUACAUAGACGUGUCAGUGAUUCCGUUUAGACUGCCACGCGUGUAUGUUCUGGGUUUUCUGCAUCUAACCACUUGAGAUGUAUACGUACCGACACCUGCAUACGCACAGCAUGAUGGGACACAGGGUAGGUGCUGGAUUCUAUGCUCACUGUGUGUAGAAUAUUUCUAAAACGCUUGUCCAGGUAAACUAAAUACAGUAUUAAAAAUAAGAAGCUAAGAAAUCCUCUGCAUAAAUAAUGCAUACUCACUGCAGAUGCGAUUACAAUGAAAUGCAUACAACCUUAAAAACGAAAGUCAGCAUGUAUGCAGAAGGAAUUUAAUCACUUGCAUACUGGACCUCGCAUUUAAUGAUAGUCAUAUGAUUUCCUGGUGUUUAUUCAAUAACGCCUAACAUUUUACCGUAAUAUAGAUGCUCUAAAAAAGUGUACAGCUAUAAGACCUGUUAACUUUACAGCUGUACAUGUAUAGUACAACGUUGAUUGACCUGCUUACAUCUUUUAUUCGAACCGAGUAAAAUAUAGAGUCCCCUAGCAUAUAUAGCAGCAGAUAUGCAAUUUCAAACGUACUGACACAUACCUUAAAGCCACUGCUCAUAAACCGGUUACCUAAACAUUGCGUGAACCAUGACUGCAGCAGCAAUAAACUGCAAUAACAUCACUCGUCUAAAUCCAGACUGGGAAUUUUUUGUAAUGUCAAAUCACAUUGGCAACAUUCCAUUUCGUAGACAACACUGAAUAACUCCAUAGGCGAUUUAAAAAUAAUAGUCACGCUCGGCUCCACUACACAAAGGGAGUUAAACUUAAUCAACGUUGCAUUAUACUGACAGCAUUUUGACGUAGUCGGCAUAACUGUGCUCGCUAAUAUACCUAAGGAAAAGACGAGGAUAUGUAUAAGAUUACAUGCAAACUUUUGAGAUGAGAGCAAUGUGGCCCAUGAACUUGGUUGUGGGGGGGAAAAAAACAUUGUUUGUGAAUGUACGUUUGCCUGUGUUAACGUGGCAAUAGAAUAUAUCCAUACAAAGUGAAGCCUUAUUUGAUGACUACGAUAUGUACAGCAUUGGAUCACAGUGUGCGUGCGAAGAUGGGUCAUUUCUAUAACAAUCCUUGUACAGCCCUUCUUUAACCUCCUGAAGUAGGUUACAUUGUACAGAACACUUGUUUAAAAUGUUGCUAUCUUUUACUUCUGACGUUGAUUUUAACGGCAAUAAUAGUAUUUAACUCUUAUGCUGCAGAUCAGCACUGGCACAAUGUACAGUACCAGAAUUUAUAUUUCUGCUGAUGGCUGAGUAUGGAAGCAUAAGCACACGUUGACAUGCACUGUAUAUAGCCCCAUGAUGGAACCUUUGGAACUUGUAUGAGCUUGUCCGACGCCACAGAGUACUGCAGGUUUCUGAAAUGCAUUAUCUGGGACUUCCAUUGAGAGCUGGCAAAGCAGCAUCUCGGUAUAGAGAAGGAACGUGCUUUAGAUUAUUUACCUUGCACAUAUGCAAGCGGGUAUGUAUUAAUUUCCCACUUUAUCGAGGUAUGAGAACUUGUACAGAUGUGGUAUACCGAAUAAAAGUACAUUUAACUUUA